AUGGAAAUUGCUAAUGCUGGUCUCAGCAGCUAAGCUGCUAGAGAUCAAGUCAAGAGAGAGUUAACAGCUAAAUAGCUUAAGAAACUUAAAGUAGACAUUAACCCCUAUGAAUGGACGAAGCAACUAGAUUUGUUUUUGCUAGAUUCAGUGAUUAGAAACUACUUCAACUAUGACAUGGUAUCGCUAGAGUUAAAUGAUGAGGCCAAGAGACUUAAUCUUUAUUUCGGCGCUACGCACUCGUUUACCAAUCACAAGUGUAGAAUUAGAUGGUCAUAUCUCCACAUGAAGAGAUUAUUGGACAAGGAAAUUAAGUACAGACAACUUCCAUUCAGAGUCAAUGUAGAGGAGAAGGAAUUAGAGUAGGAGAACAAGACUUUAGAUCUGAACAAAAAUAAGAAAGAGCAUGAGCAAAAACUGGCUGAGCAAGAACAGAAGAGGCAAAGAUUGCAGGAAUCUGAGCCACAAAAUUUACUUGAGCAGAAGAAAUACGAGGGCAUUACUCAGAUGAAGCCUCCUAAGUCUCUGGCUGAUAUUGAAAAGGAGCUUUGGAAAAAGAAUAUUACUUUCCACACUAGACAGAAGAAAGAUAUACUUGAUGUUAGCAAUGAAGACUUUUCAAAGAAUAAGUCUAUUUCAGCUGACGGCAAGGAAAUUAACCCUUCGAAUUUCAACAUAUUCAGAGAUAGUUUGAGGAAGACUUCAGAGAAACUUCUCCAGACACUGUAAGAAAACCUUCCAGAUAUCAAUCUCAAGGAGUUAGAACUGGAGUCAGAGAGUGAAAAAGAUGAAGACAAUACUGAUGAUGAGGAGGUGCUGCCUUUAGAUUUCAGAACUGCUUUGAUUGAAGGGGAAAACAAAGUAAUUAUCCAGGCCAAGCCACUGCACUUCAAGACUGACGAGGAAUUCCUUAAGGAGAUGGAGUAAAACCUAGAGAAGGACAAGCAUAAAUUCCAAAGCAUUGAGUCCUAUCUAGAUGCAGUUAAAAAUGAGCCUUUUAAGGAUGAAAAUGUGAUCUUAAUUGACCCAGAUAUUAACAUUAAGGAGAAGUUUGAUCAGAUUGAUUUGCUGUGCAACAAGGAGCACAGGAUUAAUAAUGCUCUUAAUGCCCCUGUUAAAACUAAGGAGCAGAUACUCAGAGAAUAGCAUUUGCUGAAUUAACUUAAAACUUAAUAAAAAGCACCUGUCAGUAGUAAGCAAUAUGACACUGAUACUGAUGGAGAGGAAGAAUUUAUGCAGAAUCAGAGAAAUCAAAGCAUGAACAAUAUAAAACAGAAAAUGCAAUAGUAACAAUAGUAAUAGCAAAUGAAAUAGACUCUACAUAACUCUAAUAUCAAAGCAAACUCUGAUAAUCUAGAUUUCAACGAUGUUUUAAAGCAGUGGGGUGUAUCAGACUUGAAUGCACUGAUUCCAGGAGUGUCAAGUGCAAGUGAAUCGGAAAGUGAAAGAACCAAUAAAAAGCCAAUUCCUAAGCAAGAGAAAAAGCCUGAAUAAAAAAAUGAGCCAAGCCAGUAAGUUCAUUCAGGAUAAGGAGAGAGAUCUGCUCAAUAAAGAAUAGGCUUAAUCCAGAGUAUAAUGCAGGAGAAUAGAAUGGCUUAAUAAGCUAGAUCUGAUUAAAAUUCUCAGCCUACUUCGAUAGAUAUGUUAAUGUCCUCUUUACAAGAUCUUUGA